GCUCCAGAAGCAAAGUGCUGGAAUUGCAGGCACAAUACGACUUUGCAGGCUGCAAAGCUUUAUAUUCUGGGGUGAGCAAUAAAAGGAUUUCAACUUUGGAAACUGCAGACUUACGUCUACAAGUGGCUUUUGAAUCAUUGUUGGUAAAUGGAUUAUUCUUGCACUUUAUGCAACCAAUUAUGCACACUGCCUGCUGCAAGUUACUAAAGAUUUGAUUGUGAAAGGUCAGUUAAUUAGCGGUGUUAUCGAGGAUCACAAGACGUCGAGCCAAAUCAUGGACGAAUCUCCUGAAGUAAGAACUGAUGGAAAUUCGCUCCUGAAGGCAGUGUGGCUGAGACGUCUAAGGCUCACCAGACUCCUCAUAGAAGGGGGGGCCUACAUCAACGAAAGCAAUGACAGAGGGGAGACACCGCUAAUGAUGGCAUGCAUGUCCAAACAUGAAGACCAGCAAUGCGUCAGCAGGUACAAAAUGGUCAAGUACCUGCUGGAAAACAAAGCAGAUCCAAAUAUUCAGGAUAAAACAGGAAGAACUGCCCUGAUGCACGCCUGCAGUGAGAGAGCAGGACAUGAGGUGGUGGCGAUGCUGCUGGAGAACGGUGCUGACCCCAGCUUGGAAGACCACUCGGGCGCCUCAGCUCUUGUUUAUGCCAUCAAUGCAGAUGACAAAGAAACCCUGAAGCAUCUCCUAGAUGCGUGUAAAGCCAAAGGUAAAGAGGUCAUCAUUAUAAGGACAGACAAGUCUCCCUCUGGCACAAAGACUACUAAACAGUACCUUAAUGUGCCGCCAUCCCCAGAACUGGAGGACAGGUUUACACCAAUGCCCUGCAUGUCUCCAUCUGAUAUUGAACUGAAAACGUCCCCUUCGCCAAACAAUGAUAAAGAGCAAGAAACGAUCUUUAGCUUCCAAACCAAAAGGUUGACUUCUUGCACUUCAGUCACUCCAACGACCACUUCCUUUCCUACAAAAGUGGCCACAGAACCGGGGUCACCUCCAAGAAAGCCUUCCAGUCACAAAAGGGCACGUCUGCCACAACUGAAGAGACUUCAGUCAGAGCCAUGGGGUUUGAUUGCACCGUCUGUCUUGGCGGCUGCUUCAGGCUACGCGGAUGAUUCGAAAAGAGCUACUUCGGACGAUGAAAUAGUUUCCAGUAUUAACGGCCUGUCUCUGUCUAAAAGACCUCCUCUAUCUAGACAUAAUAGCAUUGAUAGUAAAGACAGCACAUCCUGCCUCCCCAUGGUAAGUGAGCUUACCGGUCACUUUUCUUCUGUAUCGUCAGCCCCGGCUUCCAGAAAGACUUCUUAUGAAAAGCUCCACUCUCACCACCAGCCUUUGGCCCGGAGAAGCACAGUGCCUGCUGAUCAGGAUGCUGGGACUUCAAACACAGGCCCAAUCAACCUACGUGAAACUGUCUACAGGAGACGACUUGGCAAUGAGCACUACGACUCGGAUUCUCAACUGUAUUCGGAUUCAUUGUCUUUGGAUUCAGGCAAAACACCCCUAGAGAAGAGGAAACAAAAUACCUCACCUUUAACUCUUGCGACUGGCUCACGAGAAUCUCUGGACAGCAUCCCAUGCACCUCUCCAGUGACUGCACGACGGAGGACACCUGGGCUACUAGAGAGACGGGGCUCUGGGACACUGUUGCUGGACCACAUCUCACACACUCGUCCAGGCUUCCUUCCACCAUUAAACAUUAACCCCAACCCGCCUAUCCCCGAUAUCGGGGCAAGCAGCAAAGCCUCCUCACCUCUCACCUCGUGCUGUAGAUCUGUGGUGCCCGCAGUGCCAAGCUCACCAAAGAAAACCGACCUCCGGUCAAAAAAGAAACUUAUAAGAAGGCAUUCUAUGCAAGUGGAACAGAUGAAACAGCUUUCUGAUUUUGAAUAACUGGAGCUUUGGGACGGGUGGCCAGUCCAAUCUGUUAAAUCCUAGAGGCCAAGUGUGGGCAGAAGCCACUAGGUAUUGGGUAUCGAUAGGAUCAUCACUAUGAAAUGUUGGGUUCUGUUAGAGUUUUAAUAGUUUAAAGCUUUUGGGAAUCUCUCUAGGGUGGGAUUCCUGAUACAUUCAAAGUUGAAGUCUUUUCCACCGUGCUUAACGGAGUAUUUCAAUGUAAUUAAGACCAGCAUUUAGAAUGUCCAAAAGCAAAGCUUACAUACAGUAGUUAAAAAGGGAGAUGCGCUCAUCUUUAAGUGAUUGACUCAUUAUUUCUAUACCUUACUGCCCUGUAGAAUACAAGGUCAGAAAAAUGAUGUUAAAGUUAACAAAAAAUACUUUUAAGCACUCAAAUUUGCAAUAAUUUAUUUAAAGGAUGCAUCUGUGCUAUUAUUGUGCUUAAGGAAGUCAUUUCUCUGUGUAAGCUGGUGUUAGCGGAUAUUAUUUGGUGCCUUCCCAUGACUUAUUAGUUAGUGAAAAACUUUUACCAUUAAAAUGCUUCUAAAGGUUUAACUAGGCACCUAAAAGCAAAGUAGAUAUGUAUACUUUGGAAAACAUUUGAGUCUCUAAUACUUCACACACCACAGUGAAGUGCUGUGCUUCAUCACGCCAUCUUCUUGAAUGACAUUCUACUAAAUUGCUAUUAUAAACCCGAGGUUGUAAAGCUCUCGGAAUAUUCAGUGUAUUAUCAUACUACGGUUACCAAAUGUUAAUUGGGACCAACGGUUUUGAGUUUCUAAAAAAUGAUGAAUUCCAAGUUGCGUCUGUCUUUCAUAGAAAAAAAAAAAAAAGCGCCUUAAACCAUUUGUGCUAUUAACAGUGUUCAGCCUCUAGAACUCAGCAUUUUACAAAACAGAGCGGCAAAGUAGCAUACCCUCAAUGGCCGCUCGAACACCUUGACCGAUUACCUCCUGGGGAGAGCAGGUCACGGGGGAGAAGUGCAAGGCUACAGGGGAUGUCCCUGCUUCCUUGUCAGCUGUAGUCAUGUGAAGAAGUGGUUGACAUUUUCAGCGUAUUUGAAGAGGCACACUUUAAAUCUUCGUGCAAAUCGUGCCUACAGGUAAAGCUGAUAUACUGGAAUAAAAAUGCAAAGGAAAAUUGACCUUUUUAAUCAUUUAUUCAACAAUAAUGCAAGUAAAUGUAUUGGCUACUGUGGAAAAAAGUAAGUCCACUCUUGGCCUCAGUAGCUGGUAUUGUUCCCUUUAACAAAACUGACUUUUUUGAAGGUGUUUUCCAUAACUGCCUACCAUUCUCUGACAUCGACUCUGGGAACCCCUCCAUGCAAAACUCCAUCAGCUGCAUGAUGUUUGUGGGUUUUCUUGCCCUUUUCAAAUCCCCCCCAUUAACAUUUUAAUGGGAUUCAAAUCAGGGUUUUGUCUAGGCCAGUCCAUAACCUUCCAUUUUUUCUUUUUGAGCCAUUACUUGGUGGAUUUGCUAAUGUGCUUCAGGUCAUUAUUGUGUUGAAAGGUCCAUUUCAGGUUCAGCUUCAACAUUCAGACAGAUGGAUUUGUAUUCUCCUGAGGCACAUUUUGAUUUGAUGCAGAAUUCAUAGUUGACUUGACAGGCCCUGAGGCAGCAAUGCAACCCCAAACCAUAAAUGCUUCACAGCGGGUAUGAGGUUGUUCUCCUGAAAUGCUGUCUUCGGUUUGCACCAAACAUGUCUACUGUUACUGAGGCCAAACAAUUCAAUCUUUGAUGAUUGUUCCAGAAGGCCUGGUCUUUGCCUAGAUGUUCAAUGUCAAACUGUAGUGUUGCUCUAAUGUUCUUUUUGGAUAGCAGAAGGCUUUUUCCAUGCACACCACACGUGUAGGUUAAAUUUGUGCAACCUCUUUUUGAUUGUAGAGGUAUGCACUUUGACACCAAUUGUUGCAAGAGUUUUUGAAGGCUUCCAGGAUAAAGUUUUGGGGCUCUUGGGGACUACUUUUAGCAUCAAAUAGUCACAUUUUGGGCUGAAUUUCCUGGGCCAGCCUGUCCUGAACAAAUUAGAAGUCGUUUGAAAUGUACACCACUUGUAGAUGGUGUUAAUUACAAUGGAAUGAUUCAUUUCUAAUGAUUUGGUGAUCUCUUUAUGUCUCCUGCAUAGGCAUCUUGAACCUUCUUUUAUAGGAUUAUGUUGAUCAUGGCAUGGUGACACCACUCACGUCAAUAGCAACAUCAGACCCUCAAUGUUUGCAGUUUAAAUCACGCAGGUUCUACCUAAAUACUCUCUAAGGAGGUUCUAAUCACUGGCUUCCUCAUCUGGAACACCUCAUUCUCAGUUUACGGAUUUGAAGUAGUGGGGAAUGUGUGACCCGACAUUUGCGAGAUAGACAUAUGCGCGCUGACAAAAUAACGCCGAUUAAAACGCGCCAUCAAAAUC